GACCCAUUGGGCAAAAGAGCCAUCGCCCAAUUCUCUCAUAAUGAGUCGGCGGUUUCCACUUUGUGCUGUCCAUGACCAACACGAGACACCCCAGGCCCAAAAGAGGGCGCGUCCCUGGUCUGGAUGGCGGGCGAUCGGUGGCCAGGAUGUAUGAAGAUCCAUGACGUGUUGCUCAUUUUCCAUGUUUUUAGCCACAAUUCCAUUGUGCUCGCAAGAAUGCCAUUAUGCUCCCGCAGAAUCGUGUCAAACUAUAAAUCUCUGCAAAGCACUAUGCGCAGUACAGCAUACUACAGCUCGUAGCGCUGCGACAGUACUACUGAUGCCGCAGGUUGCCGGAGAAUGUUUGCGUCUGUCAAAGCACCGCGAACUGUUAACGUGGGGACGCGUACCAGCCACACUUUUGGGAUGCCAAGCCUUUCAAGCGCCAGGCUAACGUGCCGACGACAGUAGCGUCCCGUAGCGCAUCAUCGAGAUGACGUCUGUCUUGCGGUUUGGG